AUGUCCAUGUCAAUGGGCAUGCCGAUGGGCGCAAUGUCCAUGGGCGCUGGUGUCCCCAGCCUUUUUUACCUGCAGAAGAUGUACUGGGCCGUCGUGGGGAGCGCUAUCGGGGCUGCAACCCUGGCGAAUGUGUUGAAUCAUGCCGUUGCUCAACAUCGACUGCACGAUUCUUCCCUCACUCCCGCCAAGCCGAAAUCACUCUUCUUCAGCACCUAUGCCACCGUCACAGCAACGACGCGAGAAGUGAGCUACGCCACACUUCACCCUCUCACCAUCAGGCGUCAUACCAUCCACUUCCCACCACUAGGCCCCGUGCUCAUCAUCCUAGCCAACCUGAUCGUGGUACUAGUCCUCUGCUUCUACAAGCUCGAGACCACAGACCCCUGGAAAUGGGAAGACGUCGGCUACCGCACAGGUUUCAUAGCAAUCAGCCAGCUCCCACUAAUUUUCCUGCUGGCAGGACGACAGAACAUCAUCGGGUUCUUGGCCGGGACGAGCUACGCGCGACUCAAUUGGUUCCAUCGCUGGAUCGCGCGCACUCUGUGGCUGACCGCAACCAUCCACAUGGGGUUCUGGUUCCGCAACUGGGGCCGCUAUGACUACAUCACGUACCAGCUGCGCAACGAUGCGCUGACCCAGCGCGGCUUUGCGGCCUGGUGUAUUCUGACGUUUAUCGUGCUCGCGUCGCUGGCGCCGAUCCGUCGGCUGAGCUAUGAGGUGUUCGUGCUGCAGCAUCUGGUCACAUUUGUUGGCUUUAUUGUUGCUGUCUGGCUUCAUGUGCCGAGCGAGGUUAAGGUCUGGGUGUGGAUUCCUAUUGGGUUGUUGGUUUUUGACCGUGCUGCACGAUAUGCUUGGGGUGCAUAUGCCAAUCUGUCAAUUUUCCAUUCAACUAGCACUCCCAGGCAUUCGCUGUGGACACACUCGGCGUCGUUUACUCCCUUGCCUGGGAAUGUGACGCGGGUGACUAUCGACAAACCUGGUGUCAGUUGGCAGCCGGGCCAGCAUGUAUUCCUCACCUGCCAUUCCAUUGUGCCGUUGCAAAGCCACCCCUUUACCAUUGCAUCUCUCCCCGAAGACAACAAGAUCGAGUUCUUCGUCCGGGCUGAAAAUGGCGGGACGAGACGGUUCUUCCGCUACGCGUCGAAGAAUGACCGCGUGCUCGGGGCUGGGGAGACAACACCCACUGCUUGCAAUCAAAUAGUGUUCAUCGAAGGUCCCUAUGGGACGAUGCGGCCCUUGCGCCAGUUCGACAGUGUCGUUCUGCUAGCAGGCGGAAUGGGUGCGACUUUCUCAAUACCGUUGCUGCGAGAUAUCGUCUCCGCAUGGAAGAUGGACAGCACAGACAAUAUACAGCAGAGAUCCAGACGCACCGGACGAUUAGCAGCGACGAAGCGACUGCGCUUUGUAUGGGUGAUUAAGUCGCGCUCCCAGCUAAGCUUGUUCGAGACCCAGCUGCAGUCAGCGCUGGCAGACGUGGAUGAGUGUCGUCGCACACGACCAGAUUUCGACAAGGAAAUCGACGUGAGCAUCUAUAUCACAUGCGACGAGAAAUUGGACCCAGAUACUACAGUUUCACCGGCUCAACAACCGCUCUCAGAGGGUCUUACUGCACCCGAGCCAUCAUAUUCUGAUAAGAAGAUGGUUACUGAGAAAGAAAAAGUCUCGAUCCGGUCCGUCUCUACAGAAUCAGGAUCAGCUUCCAGUACUCCUGCAGCAACAGGAAAAUGCAGCGUCCCCGGCGGUGGGUGCUGCUGUACGACGCAAAUCGAGGACGAGGACGAGGUCACCACAUGCGCAUGUACGUGCGCAGGCGCAGCACCGAUCCAGCAGAGAAAUGUUGCCCCAGCCACACGGGAAGAGGAAUCAAAGGAAAUAACCUCAAACCCUGCUGUCAUACAUCUGACAGCGAUAUCACGCCGUCCUCAUCCACGUACAAUCAUCCGCAAUGUCCUGGAGAAGGCCGAGGGCGAGAGUGCAGUGGUUGUCUGUGGGCCUCGCGGGCUAGCAGACGAUGUGCGGCGGAGUGUGGUGUCUCUCAGUGACGAGCGGGCAGUGCAUAAGGGGACUGGGGCACAGGGAAUAUAUUUGCAUGUUGAGAAUUUCGGGUGGUAG